AUGGGACAGUUCGCUAAACAAGACUGGGAUCAGCCAGAUAAAGGAACUGCUAGUAGCCUACUCUACUUUUUAUAUGACAAUCCCCUUCGAGCAGAGACAAGUGUCUCAGAACCAAGAACAAGCAUUCAGAUAAGGAGCUUUUUUAAUCACCCCGACUAUCUUGCCAAACAUCCAGGAGGAGAGGGCCGCUUGCAAAAUGUUAUCCAAAUUGAUAACUACUAUAUUAUUUUCGACUCACUUACACCUCGGAAUUUCCUAUCAGCAGAAGAACUUAAGUAG